AUGAGCCUAUGUGGCAGGAAGGUGCUGACGUUGCUGAGCAGCGUGUUCGCUGUUUGCGGCCUGGGCCUGUUGGGCAUCGCCGUAAGCACCGACUACUGGCUUUACCUGGAGGAAGGCGUCAUCCUUCCACUCAACCAGAGCACCGAGAUACGCAUGUCCCUGCACUCUGGCCUGUGGAGGGUUUGUUUCCUGGCUGGUAUGUUCAACACAGGUGCAAUUACACUACCUACUACUAAGUUAGGGGAGGAGAAAGGUCGCUGUUUUACCAUUGAAUAUGUGAUGCCCACUAAAGUCCAGUUGACUUCGGAGUCCACUAUUAGUGUGUUGAAGAUGAUCCGUUCUGCCACACCUUUCCCACUAGUCAGCCUCUUCUUCAUGUUCAUCGGUUUUGUCCUGAGCAACAUUGGCCACAUUCGACCACAUCGCACCAUCCUAGCCUUUGUUUCAGGAAUCUUUUUCAUCUUAUCAGGUCUGUCUCUGGUAGUUGGUCUGGUGUUGUACAUCUCAAAUAUCAAUGAUGAAAUGUUGAAUAGGACCAAAAGCAAUGAGGCCUACUUCAGCUACAAGUAUGGAUGGUCGUUUGCUUUUGCCGCGAUCUCCUUCCUUCUCACUGAGACAGCCGGCGUGAUGUCGGUGUACCUGUUCAUGAAGCGCUACACGGCGGAGGACAUGUACCGACCCCACCAGGGCUUCUACCGGCCUCGCCUCAGCAACUGCUCAGACUACUCGGGCCAGUUCCUCCAUCCGGACGCAUGGGCCGGACGCGGCCGCAGCCCCUCGUCCAUCUCCUCCGAGGCUUCCCUGCAGAUGAACUCCUCCAACUACCCAGCCCUCCUCAAGUGUCCUGAAUAUGAACAGAUGUCCUCAUCGCCUUGCUGA